GUAAACAAUAUAUAGACAAUGUUCGACACGGAAAAGUUUAUUAUUGAGAUACAGAAGCGGCCGGCUAUUUACGACGUUAACUGCGAGGAGUAUAACGACAGGAAUGCUAAGAUGGACGCUUGGGACGAAAUGUGCCAGGUGAUGGUGCCCAAUUGGGACGGCUUGACGAACGAGGAGAGAAACACUGAAGAGAAAAAUUUACGCGGGAAAUGGAGGAACAUCAGGGAUUAUUUCAUGAAGGAGCUGAAGUUGCAACGCUCGCAAAAAGCUGGUCCAGCCGCUCGGAAAAGAAAGAAAUAUAUUUACUUUGACCAGUUGUACUUUCUCCUGCCGACUGUCGAGAACAAAAGAAAUGUGGUCAAAAAGGCUUCGCCCCAUCACCCGGACAGCGAUAGCGAAAUGGACAAUCCGGUGAUCGAGGAAUACGAUUUUCCGGCCAUGCAACCGAGCACCUCGAGGGAAUACAACAACGUGUCGAUGAGCAUGGGCCAGCCGAAAAUGCGGGGACGAUACUCGACGCAGAUUUGCGAAACGUCGUUAAACUCGUUCGACAACGAUAUCCACGACAUUUUGUCUUCCCACAGUCAGCCGAUGAUCCAGGACGAGGAUUACGACCGGAUGUUUCUCUUAUCGCUUUUGCCGAUGAUGAAACAAGUCCCCGACGUUAAGAAGCUUGACGUCAGAAUACAAAUGCAACAAAUAUUGGCCGCUGCGCUGUACGCGUCUGAGUCAAAAUGAUACAAACAUUAGGUAUCUCUGUGUACGCGCAUCGCAGUGGUCGACAAAUUGCUUGAAUAUUUUGAUAAGCUGCAGUUUCUGCACCUGAGCAAAGAGAUAACUGUUUACCAUCCAAAUACAAACGACGCGCGACGUUGUAAUACGAUCCGUGGUGAGGCGAUGUCGUGCUCGGCGACGAAGUCGAUUUCAAAUUGAGAACAGAGAUACCGAACUUAUUUUUUUUUUAAUCUCUCAUUUGAUGCAUGUACAAAGAAAGACGAAGCGGGAAUGAAAACUAAUUUAUAAUUUCGCUUAAUACUGAUUUCAAGUCAGUUACGAAGUAUGCACCGUUGCAUUACAAGUCCGCGACGAUUCGCAUUGAGAUUAAUGACGUCAGUUGUAUGACGUCAAACGAUUGUUCAAAUUCGACUCUUGUAAAUAAAUUGCUUUUCAAUUAAGUUUUAAC